CUAAAGUGUCCCACCCCUCCAGGACUGCACCGAGCUUAAAGUUACCACGGAAGCCUCUGGGCCUCCAGUCUCUUCACCUCUGCCCUUUGACCCCAGCCAGGAGGCGGCAUCUGUCUCCGGGUGCCGGUGGGAUGGCCUCCCUGCGGUUCCUCUGUCCACCUGCCCAGCUUGGAGGACCAGCUGGCAAGAACACCCCAGCAACGCCCAGGAGGCUGGAGCUACAAGUUACUUCUAGGAGCGGCUGUGGGCGGAGGCUGGCGGUUCUGAAGGUGGUAGCUCUCCUCCAGAGUGGCUCCCCUCAGCCCCUUUCAUCUGAACGUCAGGGCUCAUGUCACUUGUUAUUCAGCCUUCCAGAGGCACCAGAAGGAGUCAUUUCCUGAGGGGCAGCUGGCCUGGAGCUUAGAGUCGGGGCGUGUGCCAUGGCCCCGCACUGGGCUGUCUGGCUGCUGGCAGUGGGGCUGUGGGGCCUGAGCAUUGGGGCUGAGGUGUGGUGGAACCUGGUGCCCCGGAAGACGGUAUCUUCUGGGGAGCUGGCCACGGUGGUGCGGCGCUUCUCCCAGACAGGCAUCCAGGACUUCCUGACACUGACCCUGACCGAGCAGACCGGGCUCCUGUAUGUGGGGGCCCGGGAGGCCCUGUUUGCCUUCAGCGUGGAGGCUCUGGAGCUGCAAGGAGUGAUCUCCUGGGAGGCGCCAGCUGAGAAGAAGGCCGAGUGCAUCCAGAAAGGGAAGAGUAACCAGACGGAGUGUUUCAACUUCAUCCGCUUCCUGCAGCCGUAUAACACGUCCCACCUGUACGUCUGCGGUACCUACGCCUUCCAGCCCAAGUGCACCUACAUCGACAUGCUCACCUUUACUUUGGAGCGAGGAGAGUUUGAGGAUGGCAAGGGGAAGUGUCCCUAUGACCCAGCUAAAGGCCACACCGGCCUCCUUGUGGACGGCGAGCUGUACUCAGCCACGCUCAACAACUUCCUGGGCACUGAGCCUGUCAUCCUGCGGAACAUGGGGCCCCACCAUGCCAUGAAGACGGAGUACCUGGCCUUCUGGCUCAACGAACCUCAUUUCGUAGGCUCUGCCUACAUCCCGGAGAGCGUGGGCAGCUUCACAGGGGACGAUGACAAGGUCUACUUCUUCUUCAGCGAGCGAGCCGUGGAGUACGACUGCUACAUGGAGCAGGUGGUGGCUCGCGUGGCCCGUGUCUGCAAGGGUGACAUGGGGGGCGCGCGGACGCUGCAGAGGAAGUGGACCACGUUCCUGAAGGCGAGGCUGGUGUGCUCUGCCCCCAACUGGCAGCUCUACUUCAACCAGCUGCAGGCACUGCACACCCUGCAGGACACCUCUUGGCACAACACCACCUUCUUUGGGGUUUUUCGGGCAAGAUGGGGCGAUGUGGACCUGUCAGCAAUCUGCGAGUACCAGUUGGAAGAGAUCCAGAGGGUGUUCGAGGGGCCCUACAAGGAGUACCACGAGCAAGCCCAGAAGUGGGGCCGCUACACCGACCCAGUGCCCAGCCCGCGGCCUGGCUCGUGCAUUAACAACUGGCACCGACGCCACGGCUACACCAGUUCUCUGGAGCUGCCUGACAACACCCUCAACUUCAUCAAGAAGCACCCGCUGAUGGAGGAGCAGGUAGAACCCCGGUGGGGCCGGCCCCUGCUUGUGAAGAAGGACACCAACUUCACCCACCUAGUGGCCGACCGGGUCACGGGGCUUGAUGGAGCCACCUACACAGUGCUGUUCAUUGGCACAGGAGAUGGCUGGCUGCUCAAGGCGGUAAGCCUGGGACCCUGGGUCCACCUGAUCGAGGAGCUGCAGGUGUUUGACCAGGAGCCCGUGGAAAGCCUGGUCCUGUCCCGGAACAAGAAGCUGCUCUUCGCGGGCUCCCGCUCCCAGCUGGUGCAGCUGCCCCUGGCCGACUGCAUGAAGUACCGCUCCUGUGCCGACUGUGUGCUCGCCCGGGACCCCUACUGUGCCUGGAGUGUCAACACCAGCCGCUGCGUGGCCGUGGUCGGCCACUCCGGGUCCCUGCUGAUCCAGCACGUGACAGUCUCAGACACCUCGAACAUCUGUAAUUUCCGGGGCAAUAAGAAAGUCAGGCUCACACCCAAAAACAUCACAGUGGUGGCGGGAACAGAUCUGGUGCUGCCCUGCCGCCUCUCCUCCAACCUGGCGCACGCCCGCUGGACUUUUGGGGGCCGGGACCUACCCGCAGAACAGCCAGGUUCCUUCCUCUACGAUGCCCGGCUGCAGGCCCUGGUGGUGAUGGCCGCCCAGCCCCGCCACGCCGGGGCCUACCACUGCUUCUCGGAGGAGCAGGGGGCGCGGCUGGCUGCCGAAGGCUACCUGGUGGCAGUGGUGGCUGGCCCAUCAGUAACCCUGGAGGCCCGGGCCCCCCUGGAGAACCUGGGGCUGGUGUGGCUAGCCGUGGUGGCCCUGGGGGCCGUGUGCCUGGUGCUGCUGCUGCUGGUCCUGUCGUUGCGCCGGCGGCUGCGGGAGGAGCUGGAGAAAGGUGCCAAAGCAGCGGAGAGGACCCUGGUGUACCCUCUGGAGCUGCCCAAGGAGCCCAGCAGUCCCCCCUUCCGGCCCGGCCCCGAGACAGAUGAGAAGCUCUGGGAUCCUGUUGGCUACUACUACUCGGACGGUUCCCUCAAGAUCGUGCCUGGACACGCCCGGUGCCAGCCCGGCGGGGGCCCCCCUUCUCCGCCCCCUGGCAUCCCUGGCCAGCCCCUGCCUUCUCCAACGAGGCUGCACCUGGGGGGUGGGCGGAACUCCAACGCCAACGGUUACGUGCGCUUACAGCUUGGAGGGGAGGACCGGGGCGGGCUCGGCCACCCCCUGCCCGAGCUCGCGGACGAACUGAGGCGCAAACUGCAGCAGCGCCAGCCGCUGCCGGACUCCAACCCGGAGGAGUCCUCGGUAUGAGCGGCGGCGGGGGCAGCGGCUCCCACUUUUGCACAGGCACCAGCUACCUCAGGGACAUGGCGCGGGCACCGACUCUGCCCGGGACGGACCCUGCCCGGCCUCGCCCGGCCAUGAGGACCUGCUCUAUCAGCACGGGCACUGCCACUCGAUGUGGUCACCAGGGCACCAGCCUCCCAGAAGGCCCCUUCCUCUGCUGUGAGGGGCUGUGGAUCACGGACACGUGGGACCCCAGCAGCCAAAAUGUUUCCAGGCAGAAGCUGGAGAUGUGGGUGUGUUUGUGUACAUACGUGUGUGUGUGUGUGUGUGUGUGUGCGCGCGUGUGCGCCUGCGCCUGUGUGCGUGUGUGCCUGUGUGUGACAAAGUCUUCCUGUUUCUGUCGAGUCUUCCCUUGGCCUGGGGUCCUCCUGGUGGGUCAUUGGAGCUAUGAAGGGGAAGGGGUUGUAUCACUUUGCCUCUCCUACCCCCACCUGUUCGCAGUGUGGGGUGGCCAUGUACAUAUGGGGGUGGGCUGGGCAGGGUGCUGUGCCCCUUUGGGGGAGUACAGGGCUCUGGGGCGGGCCUAGUCCCGCUCUCAGGGCUGUGAAUGUUUUCAGGGUUGGGGGGAGGGAGAUGGAGCCUCCUGUGUGUUUGGAGGAAGGGUGGGAGGGGCCUCCCACUUGGCCCUGGGGUUCAGUGGUAUUUUAUACUUGUCCUCCCUGGCAGGGCUGGGAAAGGUUGUGUGGGGGGAGGUGGAGGGAAAGGAGAGCGGUGGGGGUGCUGUGGAUGUUGCAUAUCCUCUCCCAGCCCUAGGAGGAGGGCUCCAAACUGUGUAAUUUAUUGUGUCCCCGCGUAUUUAUUUGUUGUAAAUAUUUGAGUAUUUUUAUAUUGACAAAUAAAAUGGAGAAAAUGAAA